CAAGUGAAAGACCCCACCAUAAGGCUUAGCAAGUUAGCUGCAGUAACGCCAUUUUGCAAGGCAUGAUAAAGUACCAGAGCUGAGUUCUCAAAAGUUACAAGGAAGUUUAGUUAAAGAAUAAGGCUGAAUAAUACCGGGACAGGGGCCAAACAGGAUAUCUGUGGUCAAGCACCUGGGCCCCGGCUCAGGGCCAAGAACAGAUGGUACUCAGAUAAAGCGAAACCAGCAACAGUUUCUGGAAAGUCCCACCUCAGUUUCAGGUUCCCCAAAUGACCGGGAAAUACCCCAAGCCUUAUUUAAACUAACCAAUCAGCUCGCUUCUCGCUUCUGUACCCGCGCUUUUUGCCCCCCAGCCCUAGCCCUAUAAGAAGGGUAAGUACUCCACACUCGGCGCGCCAGUCAUCCGAUAGACUGAGUCGCCCGGGUACCCGUGUUCCCAAUAAAGCCUUUUGCUGUUGCAUCCGAAUCGUGGCCUCGCUGAUCCUUGGGAGGGUCUCCUCAGAGUGAUUGACUACCCAGCUUGGGGGUCUUUCACAAGCAGUGCCUGGCUGCUGGGAGCUGUUGCUGUAGGGAAUGAAAGGUGAUGAAGUCUCGAUCACUAGACGGGAGAUGCUGCCAAGUGCCCCAGACGGGAUCAAGACUCCAAUGACAACCAUAAGAUUCCCUAAAGCUAAGACACUGCAGAUCUUGACUCUGCUGAUUUCUAUAGGUGUGGUCCAAACUAGUCCUAUGCCCCAUGAACCCCAUAACCUUACUUGGGUUAUAACUAACACUGCUACGGGGACUGUAAUUAACUCGACCUCCCACCUCGCCCCCAUUGGAACUUGGUUUCCUGAUCUUGUUUUUGAUUUGUGUGCACUAGCGGAUGGGACCUGGGAUCCCCUGGGCCUUGUAUGGGGGUGUCAACAUCCAGCUCAACACAGUGAACUUCGGAGAACCCCCUUCUAUGUCUGCCCUGGAGAGGGGAGGUCUCCACAGCAGACGGCUACCUGUGGAGGACCAGAGUCAUACUUCUGUGCAUAUUGGGGUUGUGAGUCGACUGGGUCCAUCUCCUGGACGCCACCGAUAAAAGAUGACCUCAUCAAGGUCCAAAGGAGCCCUGGAUCGGAAUCCCAAGGAUGGGGGUAUGGAUUGCAGCCCAAGCUGGAUGCAAAUGAUCUUGGUGGGCCAUGUUCCUCCAACUGUAACCCCAUUACAGUUCAGUUCACCCCCAAGGGAAAAGAAAGCGUAGGAUGGGAAAAGGGAAAGACAUGGGGACUAAGACUGUAUGUGUCUGGAUAUGACUAUGGAGUAAUGUUUACGAUCCAACUCUCUGCCCGACAGGGCAUGCCUUUAGGCCCCAAUCCAGCCCUGCCCCCUGUUGGACUCACGGUGACUCAAUCACAAAUCACAGUCCCCAUUUCUCAGGAACUUAGACCCAGGUCUGGGCCAUGGGACUUGCUUAAGGCCACUUACCUGGUAUUGAAUAAUUCUAAACCAGAGCUUACAAGUAAAUGUUGGCUCUGCUUGGAUGCCCAGCCACCCUAUUAUGAAGGAAUAGCCGUUCCUGGAAAUUAUACCACCUCUACUGACAACAAGGACUGUCGUUGGCAGUAUCCAGGUAAAGGGAGACUAACCUUAGAGCUAAUUCAGGGAAAAGGACUCUGCUUUGGGACAAUACCCCACACCCAUAGACAUUUAUGUAAUAGCAUCCAGGAAGCCCCAGACAGGGAUGCUUACAUUAUACCCCCCAUCAAUACAUGGUGGGCAUGCACUACUGGGCUGACAUCUUGCAUCCACACCCAGGCUCUUAACCUCACAAAUGGAUUUUGUGUACUGGUCCAGCUUGCCCCUAGAAUUCUUCGUUACUCUGAUGAGAUGGGGACCAGACUAUCUCCAUUCCCAGCUGCUCGAGCGAAGCGGGCUACUGUUGCCGAGAUCCUGGGUGCAUCAGCCUUCGACUUCCAAGAUGAGAAUUAUAAAGUGUUAAGCUCUGCCAUAGAUGCAGAUUUAAUGGAACUAGGGAAAUCCUUAUCCAAGUCCAAAACCUCAUUAACUUCUCUAAGGGAGGCCACCCUUCGAAAUCAGCGGGAACAAGACUUCCAAUCUCUGCAACAGGAUGGACUGUGUAAACCUCUGGAGAAAAGGUGCUGCACCUUUGUGGAUAACUUAAAGCAUGCGAGGGAGUUAUUGGCUAAGGUGAGGAAACGUCUAGAAGACAGGAAAAGGGAAAUGGAACAGGGUCAGCCUGUUUGGAUUACAGUUAUUGCAACUCUGUCUGGAUUCUUGGGCCUGGUCAUACUCAUUGUGAUAUGCAAGCUCUAUGUUGUUAACCCCCUGAUGGAUUCAUCAAGGACCAGGUCUCCACCAUCCGACACGUAUUAAAAUGCUAACCCUUGGAUUCUGCUCAAGGGUUUGAGAUGGACUCUUAAGGUGAGAGAGAGUGAUCCUAACUUACUCCAUUUUAAGACAGGCUGCUAGGUCAGGCCUUAAGUUUAGUCUCAGAAAAGCCAUAAAGAAUGGGCAGCCAAGCCAGGCGUGGUGGCACACACUUUUAAUCCCAGCACUUGGGAGGCAGAGGCAGACGGAUUUCUGAGUUCGAGGCCAGCCUGGUCUACAGUGAGUUCCAGGACAGCCAAGGCUACACAGAGAAACCCUGUCUCGGAAAAAAAAAAGAAUGGGCUGCCAAUCCACAGCCACCCUGACAACGGGGGGUGGGGGUGGGGUAGCUAAAGCCAAUUUGAAGAAAGCCCCUAUGAAAGGGCGCUUUUUCCUUCAAGGUACAGACCAGUCCAAAAUGUACAGACACCCCUCACUAUGAACACAAACAAUCCUGGUGUAAAUUACCUAACUACAGUUGGAAAUCUAACUGGCUUUAAAAGGAAAAGAGAGCCUGCCGUCUCUUUGUGGUUGCCAUUUUAUAUAGAUGAUAUAUAUUGAGCUUUGGUCUGUUAUGCUUUGGAAUGCUUAGUGCAAGCCCUGGUUGCCCCAGAGACCCAAGUGAUGUUAUGUGACCUUGACCCUAAGUUACUUCUGGUUGGUGAAUAAAGAUGCCUGCAGUCGAUAGCUGGGCAGGAGAGACCAGGGUGGGGUUUAGGGUUCCUGAGCUUGGGGUUGUAAGAGAAGCACCAGGAGGGCGAGAAGGUGAAGGGAGGAGGAAGCGGGCGUGGAUUGGGUGAGUUGUGGAAUGAUGGCUAUGUGGGUUGGCUAAUUGGAGUUAAGAGCAGCCCAGAUGGAAACAUGAGGAAUUAGAUGAUGGCUUACUGGCUGGGGAGUAGGCAUACUAGUGUAGAGGAUAGAUAUCUGCCCAGCUCUUGUGCUGAUUAAGGCUUGUUAUAAAUAAAAAG